AUUGAAUUGCCAUCGAAAUGUCAGAAUUUUUACCCAUACCACAGCCUGUUAACUUCCUUUUUGACAUAAUCGUGACGCGAAUACAACUCUUCAAGGAUAAAAUCGAAGAUCCCAAAGAUCUGAUCGUAAAUGUCAAGUUCAACAAGGUGCCCGUUAACAUCACCCAGAGUCGCAUCAAUGUCACGGAAUUCAAGGCCGGACGACGCACCGAAAUGCGUGAAGAUUCCGCCACAUUACGUAAGAAUCUGGAGGCAAGUGGCAUGCCCAUUGUGGUGCGAUACAAGGGUGCAACUUUGGGGCUGACACAGCUCCGAUUUCCCCAGGACUUCAUCGAUCGCAUCGAGGUCGGCAUGUCGGACUUGAUGCACGCGGAGACAUGCAGCAUUAUACGACGAGAGCAGGAAGUUGGCAUUAUAGAGCUGCUCGUUGCUCUGGUCAUCAAAUGCGAUGAGCCCGACAAUUUUCAGGAGGAGAAAGCGAAGUGUCGUAACUUGGGUAAAUUUAUAAAUGCACCGGACGUUAUGUUCUUGGUCGGAGAACCACAACCAUGUAGAAAACCAAGCCAACCGUGCUUGGACGAACUGGAUCCAGAUGAGGGCGAUGAGCGGCUUCGAUUGGAUCUAGAGCGUUAUAGGAGUCUCAAUGAGCGUAUUUAUGCGCCGCCAGAGGAAAUAUGCGGCAUGGAAGCGUGCUGUGAGCUGAAGAACAUGACGGAACAAUAUGGACACAUCAUUGACUCGGUCGUUAGACAAAUGAGUAAAUUACCCUCACCGAUGCCAGACGACGAGUGCGUCUUCACCGACUGGAGCGGCAAGGGGACAAGCUUCAUGCCCAGGCAUGUGGAUCGCACGAUCCCAGUUCCAGUUGGUGACCUGGAGGUGAUGGGCGUCAAGCCCAUAAGAUUCUGUCCUGUUUGCCUUACUCCCAUGUCAUAUCUGCCGAAAUACGCCUCAUGUCCGACGUGUUGCAUCAAGCCCAUGCCACAAAUUGACGAGGAAUCGGAGGAGAAACUGACAGCUGACCAAAUCAUUCAACAAUAUCUCAAGGUGCCAACGAAAGACGUGAAUGAGGACUUUUGCCACGAUCCCUGUAAGCAGAAAAAAGGAAGUGAAGAGGAUAGUGAACAGGCAGAUGGAAGAGGCGAUGGAAGGAGAGUGAGUGGGGCUAAAGAAAAGCAGGGAAAAGGAGAGGAAAAUGAAGAGGAAAACAGAGAGGGAACGGAGCCAAUCAAGUGCAAGAAAAACUGCCGUUGCACCUGCACAAAAACCAAACUUUGUGUUCAUUGUCGAAUUAGGAAACUCUGUGCAGACAUUUUCAAGCGAAAAGGCGUUGAUAGGAACCCAGAGGAGUGUCCCGUGGUGAAAGCCGUCAAUUCCAACGAAGACUUUGCCGUCAUAGUCGAUGAGGAGGAAGAGGAUUGUCGUCCGUAUUUGGAGCGUGUCUUUGCCGAGCUGCGAGAUCUCUACGAUCGCCGGGAUGCCGCUCAACAGGAGUUGGAUAAACGUUGCACGCAAUCCUUGUUGAAGUUCGGCAGCCACAGAAGAAUUGAUCCCGCGGAUCCUAAACAGAAAUCUUCCUCAUCGAGUCAUACGUUGAAGCCAGUUGGAAGUCCUACGUUCCUGCAUCGAACUCCGCUGCCGAAGAUCGGACAUAAAACGUGUCUCAAGCAACACGGCAUUGUGUCCAGACGUCAUGGCUGGUCCUGGACAUCCAGUAAACAGGCUCGCAAGUACGGCUGGCGACCUGGAGCCAUUUGUCGCUAUGCGGGAGCAAUCAUGAAGUUCUUUCUACACUACUCUCCAGAUCAAAAUGCAUGCAACACUUGCCGCAAGGUGGAAGAAGAAGAAAGGCAAAGGGAACGUCGCAAGCCAAUCCUCAAUAUUUGCAAGAGGAACGGAGCCAUUUUCAUAACCCUGAGAGCGGCCAACAAUCCCAGUCCCAAUAUCGAAAUGAAGCCCAUUGUCUUCAAGAUUGUGAAAAGCGAUCUGGCUGUGGCACUAAAGAAACUGAAGAGGAAGCUCAAGGAUAGUGGUUUCCGGAAGUGCACCUGUCAUCAGACCCUCAUGAUGUGCGUCUGUCGCAAGAACAUGGAGAAGAAACAACUGGAGCGUGCUCUCCAGAAAGAGUGUCAACGCCUCGGCUUGCAGAAUUGUGUGGAUCAAUUGAUCCUGACAGACACGAGUGACAGCGAAGUGGAAUACGACUUUGACAUCUCUCCACCCGCAGCGAUAGCAAAACCUCUGCUGGCCAUAAAACCACGUACUGUAAACAUCAGCACUCAGACACGCGGAGGAGGAGUGAAAGAAGAGGAGGAGCUGGAGGAGCAGCCGUGGCAUGUGGAGCCAAGGUAUCCGGCUAAGCUGAGUCCCUACUGGCGCACCUAUGACUGUGCGGCGGGUGAUCGCUAUACGGGUACUGCUCUGGGGGAGGUUGGUGAGACGGUCUUUGAGGACGGCGUCUUUGGAUUUCGAGGCGGUGGACCACAUGGCGACUCGGCUACUCCUGGCAGCAGACCCAAGUCAAAGGGCAUCUGGGGAGCCAAGCCAGGUGGUCCUAUGCGCGGUGGCGGACGUGACGGCUCUGCAGGUGGAGGCGGCGGAAAACGGGCAGGUGGUGCUGGAGCUGGAACAGGAGCUCACUUUGGUCAAGGAGAUGGUCCAGUUGGUGGCUUUGGUGGUGGCUUUGGUGGUGGCUUGGGCGACAGGUCAUUCCCUGGCGCCAAAAAGGAACCCGGCAGCAAAGUCAAGAGUCGUCAAAUUCCAGUGCGAAUGCCACAAAGAUAUUAUAAAGCCGUUGCAGCCGUUGAAAAAGCCAAAAAAGAUGCAGUCAAACAUGAGCUUGAGAAGAAGAAGAAGGGCACUCACCUCAUUAAGUAUUUGGAGGAAAAAGGUGCCGUACCCAAGCCCUGGGAUCCCAAUGACGCCAAGGAUGACAACAAAACAAAGACCAGUUCAAAGACAAAUUCAAAGAGAGAUUCAAAGACAAGGACUGGUCCUGUUCUGGGCAAGGAUGGACUCACAGACGCCCAGCGCAAUCGUCGUGCUCUGCUUCAAAUGGCCAUACCACCACUGGAGACAUUGGCCCGCCUUGGCAAGGGCUUCGAUCCGAGCAGAAACCCAGCAGGCUUCGAUCCCUGUUCCUAUGAAUGUUGCUUUUCCUGUUACAACUAUUGCUAAGCAAUAAGAGAAAAACAAAAAAAACUCCCUUUUAAAUAUGGACAAGCUCUACACUCUCGAAUGUUCCGCCUUAAAAAAAUGACGAAAAUGGCGUCGAAAUUCAGAAUAUGCUAAAUAUUUGUAGAUGCACUUCGAUUAAUAAAUUUUAUCCUAUGCUUAUAUAA